AUGGAGACUUUUAGACCUAAGGAUUAUGAAGUCUUUGUUGAGUUCCAUGGAAUUCUAUUGGAUAAACAUUUUGUCAAGUGUUGGGGUGAUGUUGAAACAUUCUUAGCAAGGUCAGAUGAUAUUGUGAUUGCUACUUACCCUAAAUCUGGUACCACGUGGAUUAGUGAAAUUGUAUAUAUGAUCUGUAAAGAAGGUGAUGUGGAAAAAUGCAAGGAAGAUACAAUUUUUAAUAGAGUUCCAAUCCUGGAAGGCUGCCAUCCAGAAAUAUUUAAUGGAGUAAAACAAUUAAAAGAAAAGGAAUCUCCUAGAAUAGUGAAAACCCACCUGCCACCCAGACUUCUUCCAACAUCAUUUUGGGAAAAGAACUGUAAGAUUAUCUACCUUUGCCGGAAUGCCAAGGAUGUAGUGGUUUCUUAUUAUUACUUUCUCCUAAUGAUAGUGUCUUACCCAAGUCCCGAAUCCUUUCCAGAAAUGGUGGAGAAAUUUAUGAAAGGACAAGUUAUGUAUGGUUCCUGGUUUGAUCACGUAAAAGCUUGGUGGGAAAAGAGAAAUAAUUCACGUAUACUAUUUAUGUUCUAUGAAGACAUGAUAGAGGAUAUCAGAAAAGAGGUGAUAAAAUUGAUAGAGUUCCUGGGGAAGAAGCCCUCAGAGGAGCUCGUGGACAAAAUCAUUCAACACACUUCAUUCCAGGAGAUGAAGAAUAACCCAUACGUCAAUUUUACAACAUUUCCAGAUAACUGUAUGAAUCACAAAAUAUCGCCUUUCAUUAGAAAGGGGGUCGUAGGAGACUGGAAGAACCACUUUACAGUAGCACUGAGGGAGAGAUUUGAUAACCACUAUGAGCAGCAGAUGAAGGGUUGCACCCUGAAGUUUAGAGAUGAGCUCUGAGAUGCUUCCUCUCUUUGUGUCUGAAACUGGAAUCUUCUUAAAAAUUUCAUUCAGUUUCUGCUGUUUUGCCUUUCAGUAGAAAUCUUUUGAAUGAUGAUGAUUUAAUUUAUUUCUAUCUUUUUAAAAAACUUUCUUAUCAAUUUCUGAAUAUUUUGAUAGCAAAAGACACAUUUACUUAUAAAUAUAACAUAUGCAUUGUCCUCAAACUUUUCAAAGAUUUAUAAAACUUGUUUGAUGUGUCUCCAUAUUUAAACAUUCAUACUACUAUAUAGUUAUUUUCUUGGUGAUACAGAUCAACAGCUAUAGAGGUGCUUUGAGAUUGGCAAGUUGGUAACCUUGUGACCCUGUUUGGAAACCAAAUAUACACAAAAUUAUAUGAAGAAAUUAAAUAAUUCUAAGAAUUAUAAAAUUACUUGAAGAUAACACCUAAAGAUUCUUAAAUGAUAGAAAAUUAGUUAAACUGAAAUAAAUGUUUUUUCUUAUGUUUUGAGCCUUAAAUUCAUCUCAUUAUAGACUGAAUUCUCUUGCUUUGGGGAUAUAUUUUGCUAUUCUUUCACCCCAAAUUACUCUAAGAUUCUUACCAAUGUUAUUCUCUGUUCAUAAUGAGAAAAAUUUCAGCAUUAGCCAAAGGUCCUACAAUUUUUGUUGGUUCUAUUACUGCUAAUUGAUGAACUCUUAAUUUUCCUUUCAGAACUAACUCAUGAAACUUUUCAACAUAAGUCUUUAAUUUUUUUUACUCUGUGUGGUGAAAAUAUACCAUCCUAUAAUAUGAUCUUCUCUGUGCAUUAUAAUAACUGUGGGGGAAUGCAUAGAAGGUAAAAAACAUAACCAAAAUAAAAUCAAGUUCUGUAUCUAAAUGA